GAACCGGAUGGAAAACCACAAAACGCUAGUGGACGUAACACCAGUUCAACCAGCAUUUCAGUAUCGUGGGAAGAAGUGCAAGCUGAUCUACAGAAUGGUAUUAUUACUGGUUACAAUAUAACGUAUCAGUCACUGACAGAGAAUGACAAUGGAUUUGUAACAGCUGGUCCUAAUGAUCGUCAGGCCAACCUAACAGAACUGAAGGAGUUUGUUGACUACAAUAUUUCAGUGGUUGCAUUUACAGUGAAAGGAGAUGGACCUCCCAUUGUUUUUAUUGUGAGAACAGACCAAGAUAGUAAGUCUUACAACACUUUUUUAUUAUCAUUAUUAUUGAUAUGGCAAUCAGUGUCAGCGUUUUUUUAUUUGUUUGUUUGAUUCUCGGGUUAGUAUAGCGACCCUCAGGCUGAUGUCAUGAUCUCUUCUAUCGAUGUUUAUGUGCUAACUCUAACCUUUCUUGGAAUAAGAUCAAUCGAACGCACUCUUACAUGUAUUUCAAGGCUCUAUUUCUGAAUAAAAGAGCAGCCGCAUCGGCCAUUAAAGGAUGCGCUUUUGCAGGGGUAGCAAUUGUUCACUAACAAAAUAGAAAAAAAAAAAUGUAAAAUUCGGCAAAUAUUUUAAUGUGCCUCUUGCUUGCUUGUUCUUUACUUUAGUACCAAGAUUAACUUUAUACUUGUUUAUCAGAACCUGAUGGAAAACCACAAAACGUUCGUGGACGUAACACCAGUUCAACCAGCAUUUCAGUAUCGUGGGAAGAAGUGCAAGCUGAGUUACAGAAUGGUAUCAUUACUGGUUACAAUAUAACGUAUCAGUCACUAACAGAGACUGACAAUGGAUUUGUUACAGCUGGUCCUAAUGAUCGUCAGGCCAACCUAACAGGACUGAAGGAGUUUGUUGAGUACAAUAUUUCAGUGGUUGCAUUUACAGCGAAAGGAGAUGGACCUCCCUUUGUUUUUAUUGUUAGAACAGACCAAGAUAGUAAGUCUUACAACACUUUUUUGAUUAUUUUUAUUACAGGGCUUCCGGAAUUAUGCGCGGAUGCGAAAUCGCAUAAUUUGGCUCUGAGCGCAUAAUAGGCCUCUUGCACUAAGAGGUCACGUGACCGAUGCUUCCUUUAAACAAUGAGUUGGAAUCUUGCCGAUACCAAAAAUUGGUGGAGCGCAUUAAAAUUAUCUUACACCCGAACUUUGAAAGGAAACGCGUUUAAGGGAGAUAUUUUAUGGCACUUUGAUUUUUCAGCAAAGUGGUAGGAUUUGUAUUGGACGCCAUGUUGGAGGGCAUACUCUUGCCCUCCAACAUGGCGGCCAAAACUACUUUUUGCUUGUAUCUUGUUAAACGUUUGAUAGUUACGCCCAGAUGUGCUGAAAACGUUACCACAUCAUCUUUUCAACAAUUUCGUUGAAGUUUAAGUGCAAAAUUUCUGCUCAGAAUGAGGUAAUUUGUAGUUUAAAAAUCACAUUUUGGUCACGUGACCAGCUACAAACUUACUCUUUUUAGGAAAAUGGUGCGGGUUUGAAAAACUAAAUCACUGUUAUUAUGGUUAACAUAUGAACCACUAAUGGUUUUUUGAAGGCAAAAUCAUAUAACUUUCAUUUUCCUAAAAAUGAUGUCACAUGACCUCCUAGUGCAAAUGGCCUAUUCGCAUAGUUCCACAAAAACGCAUAAUGGCGCAUAAUUUUCAAAAAAUUUGAAAAAUGUAUUAACAUUAAAGUUAUGUUUUUUCAUACCUUGAGAGAUGUAUGGAAGUUUUUUUCCCCUAAAUAUAGUACAUUUUCGUAACAAAUAGCCACCACUUCAUUGCAAAAAGCAUUCACAAAUAUUGCAAGUCAACAAGGCAUUCCAGGCGUUCCAUGCUGCUAUUUUUUCAGAUAACACGUUGGAAGAAAUAUAACCAAUCACAUCUUAAAAAGAAAAAAGGUGCUCUGCUUCGAUUUAUUUGGCGGCAAAACAACUUUCUUUCCCGUGUUUUCGCAUUGAAAAUGGAUAAGUUGUAUUAAAAAUAAAGCCAAAGAAAAAGCCAUGUAGCAUUACACCACAAGAGCGGGCUAUAAGCAAUAUCCGGGAAGUUCCAUGCAAUCUCCUAUUUUGUUCAACUUAUAAUGUUGUUGUGGAUCACCACCGAAAGUCAGUUCUUGACGAGCACCUUUCAGCUGUUUCACACAUCAAGCAAAUGGAUGAAUCCUCUUCGAAGCGAGCGAAACAACAGACAUUAAAGGGACAGUGUACCGAUUAUGCGCACCCGUGAGCGUCAUCUGUUUUUUCUUCAAAAGACAAUAGAACUGUCAAAUUGACUCGACAAGAUUUACUUCCGGACAGCACCGCCGACGGAGAUUUGUUGUUUAUAUUCUCAGGCAAUAUUUGAGACUUUCGAAGAAAUCUUUCGUCUUAUUUAAAAUUUGGCUCGCUGCACGAAGACUCAUCGCGAUUUUGUCGCUGGCACGGCCGCCUGGCGACCCGAAAAUCUAUUUCUGCUCGCUUUAAAAACAGAUACUCGUGUCAGAGGUCAAUUGUUCCAUGUCCAGUAAUAUCUGCCUGAUUUGCUCGCGUUCUAGCCUCAGACGUUGGAAAGACACAAAUAAAAAUGCAAUCUCAACGCUAUGAAUCAUCGCAAAGAUUAGUCAAAAAUUAUAUGAUAAUUUCAUGGAACUAGUUUUUCUAAACAUGUAGAGCCUGUUUGUUUGAUUUUGUCGGCCGUAGGGAGAUUCAUUUAAAAGUUUACUAAUGCGUCGUUGCAAAAUAUUCUGCUUUACGAAGCUCCCCUCCACAAGAUCUCCUCAGUCACAUCAAUGUCUCAAUGGUUUCUUUCUUACAGUCUUUAUUGUUGCUCUUUCAUUUCUGGGUAUUCCUUUCACAAUUAUCUGAGCUUGUAUGGAAGCUAGCUGAAGAAAUAAGCCUUCAAUCAGCAUCAAAGCGCUUCCCAUCUUUUGGUCCUCCGGCCAACGGCAAUAAAAGUAACGCCAAAAACUCAAGAUAAUCCUGAGAAGUUUUAGUGUAGUAUUGAACUCGGCCAAGCGCGAUGCAAACGGAGUUUUCAUUACUCUCCUCGCAUCUUUUGAUUUCGGGACAUCCUGUCCAAAAAUCAAAGUUUGGUGUAUGCGCAGUAACGUGAUACUCUUCCUUUAAAGACUUCAUUCAAGUGCAAAACUCCAGCUCACGAAAAAAAGUGAAAGUCUCCCUUGAGAGGGUAAGGACGUGUGCUGCUGCAAACAUACCGCUAAGCAAAUAAAAAAAUCCUACAAUGUUUGAAUUUCUUCUCUCCCGUGUAGUCAAUGGUGGCGCGAUCCCUAAGGGCACACAGCUUGGGGACCACUUAUUAGAUGUUUAUUAGAUGCUUCUGCUUUAUUUACAAGCUUACUAAAUUGAAAUCUUAAAAAAUUUUUGCUUAAAAAUGUUGUGCAAUUCGCAUAAAUCGCGCAUAAUUCAGGAUUUUUGGCACAUAAUUCGCUAAAAAUAGCGCAUAAUUUGCUGAAAAAAGGCAUAAUUCCGGAAGCCCUGUUAUUAUUGCUAUUGGAAUCAGUGUCAGCGUUUGUUUAUUUCUUUGUUUGUUUUUUUCGGGUUAAUUAGUAUAGCGACGCUCAGGCUGAUGUCAUAAUCUCAUCUAUCGAUGUUUAUGUGCUAACCUUAACCUUUUUUGGAAAACGAUUAAUCGAACGCACUCUUACAUGUAUUUCAAGGCUCUAUUUCCGAAUAAAAUAGCAGCCGCAUCCGCCAUAAAAGGAUGCGCUUUUGAAGGGGUAGCAAUUGUUCAGUAAACAAAAUAGAAAAAAAUAUAAAAUCCUGCAAAUAUUAUAAUGUGCCUCUCGCUUGCUUGUUCUUUACUUUAGUACCAAGAUUAACUUUAUACUUGUUUAUCAGAACCGGAUGGAAAACCACAAAACGUUAGUGGACGUAACACCAGUUCAACCAGCAUUUCAGUAUCGUGGGAAGAAGUGCAAGCUGAUCUACAGAAUGGUAUUAUUACUGGUUACAAUAUAACGUAUCAGUCACUGACAGAGAAUGACAAUGGAUUUGUAACAGCUGGUCCUAAUGAUCGUCAGGCCAACCUAACAGAACUGAAAGAGUUUGUUGACUACAAUAUUUCAGUGGUUGCAUUUACAGUGAAAGGAGAUGGACCUCCCAUUGUUUUUAUUGUGAGAACAGACCAAGAUAGUAAGUCUUACAACACUUUUUUAUUAUCAUUAUUAUUGAUAUGGCAAUCAGUGUAGCGUUUUUUUAUUUGUUUGUUUGAUUCUCGGGUUAGUAUAGCGACCCUCAGGCUGAUGUCAUGAUCUCUUCUAUCGAUGUUUAUGUGCUAACUCUAACCUUUCUUGGAAUAAGAUCAAUCGAACGCACUCUUACAUGUAUUUCAAGGCUCUAUUUCUGAAUAAAAGAGCAGCCGCAUCGGCCAUUAAAGGAUGCGCUUUUGCAGGGGUAGCAAUUGUUCACUAACAAAAUAGAAAAAAAAAACAAUGUAAAAUUCGGCAAAUAUUUUAAUGUGCCUCUUGCUUGCUUGUUCUUUACUUUAGUACCAUGAUUAACGCUAUACUUGUUCAUCAGAACCUGAUGGAAAACCACAAAACGUUCGUGGACAUAACACCAGUUCAACCAGCAUUUCAGUAUCGUGGGAAGAAGUGCAAGCUGAGUUACAGAAUGGUGUCAUUACUGGUUACAAUAUAACGUAUCAGUCACUGACAGAGAAUGACAAUGGAUUUGUAACAGCUGGUCCU